AUGGGCCUUGGAGAAAGAGGGGGAAUGACUUCCUUUUUCAGUGCCAUCCUUGCUCUACUGAUUUAUGGAGUCAUCUUGUUCCCAAAUGACGACGACUACAUAAACCACUCCAUCAUCAGCGUGUUCGUGUCUGGGAAUCUCGUCCCUGCAUUGGUGUCUGAUGUGUACUACUGCUUGCACACUAGGCAUGAGAAGAGAAAUGGCGUCGUGUUGAGUUGUGCUUCAAUGUUGUAUACUUGGCUUAUAUCUCAUAUGCCUCAAAAUGGGCCUUGGGUGGACUUCCUGAAAGAUUUGAGGUGGUCCCAGAAGUUUGCUUCUCUCACCGCCGAAGCUUUGGUUUGGUACCUUCCUGCCUCCAACGUAGAGCAAGUGAUCAUGAGCUGUGGAGACUUCCCGAAUGUGCCACUCAUGGGUCCACGAGGUUGCAUCAACUACAACCUUUCGUUGGCCCUGAGACAAUUGGGAUACCCGAUGGAGAAUGAACCAAGAGUUGAACUACUAAAGGACUUCAUUUUUCCUGAUAUUCAUCGCAAAGGCAAAGAGCUAGGCAAGCGUGAUUGCCGAGCUAAAGAGUCAUACCGCCAAUGGGUGGUGCAAAGGGCCAAGGAAGUCAAGAUACCACACAGUGUGGAUGUCCCGAUUCCUCCUCCAGAACCAGAACCAGUACAUGCUUCUAAGAAAGAAGUGGAUGCACUGAAAGCAAUUAUCGCUCAAUUUACCAAAGAAAAUGAGGACUUGCGAUCAAAGCUUCAUGCAUUGGAUAGAGACCAUGCUAGGCUGAAAAGGAAGAGCGAGGAAGACCUCAAGCUUUUAUCAGAAAGAAGAAAGAAGGCUAAAAUUGAGGAAGAUCUCAUUAAGAAAUACCAAGAGGGUUUAGCUCAAGCAGAUAUGGGGUUGAGUUCUCUCUGCAAACAGCUGAAACAGAUGGAGAAAGAACAAGGGGACAACCACCAUUGGUUCGAGUUGGCUGUCAAGGAGAAGAAGGCAUUGAGAGAUGAGACUGACCUGGAGAUUCAGGAUCUCAAGCUUGCCCUCCGCGAGGCCAAGACCAAGAUAGAGGUGGAACGUCGCCUCAAAGAGGAGGCAAUAAGGAUUUCAUAUGUUACCCCUCAAAUAUGGAAGGAGAAGUGCCACCAGGUUGAGAUUGCCAUCACAACUGUCGAACACUAG